AUGACUUAUGGCCCGGGGUGGCGGCCGCGGUACGAGCUGCUGGAUGGCGGCAGCAGCAGCAGAGCGGGGACAGCGGCGGCUGAGCGUGAGGGGGCAGUGGGGCAGCAGCAGCAGCAACAGCAGCAGCGCGACGAGCUAGAAGACGAGCACAGCGUAAUGAGUCACGUAGGUGGGGUACAGGCGGCGGCAGCUGCAGGAGCGGCGGCGGGCGGGGCGCGCCGCCUGUCCCCACCGUCCCCGGCUGAGCUGCGGCGUGGCUGGGGCGCUGCAGCGGAGGGUUUGCUGGGCGUGCUGCCUCCUGGCCUGGCUGCGCGGCUCACGGAUGCAGUGGCAGCGGCUGCAGGCGCAGUGGAGGAGGGCCACCUCGGUGACUUCAGCGGCAGCGGCCGCAGCAGUAGCAGCAGUAGUAGCACUAGUAGCAGCAGCAGCAGCAACAGUAGUAGCACUAGUAGCAGCAGCAGCAGCAGCAGCAGCAGCAGCAAUGGUAUUGGAGGCAACGCAAUGGCCGCUGAGGACCCAAUACGCACCAUCCUGCUGGACUGGGGCCGCCCGGCGCGGGUGGCCCUGGCUUCCGGCCGCGCGUGUGCGCUGCCAUUGCUGCUGGUUUCUGCAGAAGACCUGUGGGAGGUCAUCGCCGCAGUGGAGCGCAGCCACGGGCUGCCUGCUCGCCCGCGCGGCGGCGGUUCGAAAGAGCAGCCGCCCUUGUGGCGCUUUGGCAGCGACGAGGUGCCGCUGGCGCCGGGCAGCCUGCACAGGGUCAGCGCGCUGACAGUCGCCCUGAAAGACGACGGCGGCGGUAGCGGCGGCGGCGACGGUAUUGGCGACAGCGCGGCGACUGAGGAGACGAAGGGCGUGACAGGGCUGACAAUCACAGUUGGGCGGUUACAGGGGUCGGCCUUACUCAUCGCCGACGUCCUCGCAGCCCUGGCAGGCGGCGGCGGCCCGCACUUUGAACCCUCGCCCGCCGCGCCGGCCGCAUCCCCCGCCCGCGCCGCCGCGCUCUGCGCUCUCGACGCCGCGGGCGACGACGGCGCCGCGCGCGCUCUGGCGCGAGCCGCGGUGGGGGCGCCGGGGCCGGUGGUGCUCGUGUUUGGGCCGCCUGGGUCUGGGAAAACAGCUCUGCUGCGGGAUGCUGCGCGCACGCUCUCUGACGUCAUGGGUGUGUCUACCCUGUUGGUGGACUCGACCGUCGCUGCGCCGUGCACCAACGCCGGCGACACGCGCGGCGGGUGCGGCUGGCCGCCGCCCGCGCCGCAGGGCGCCGGGGGCGCGCGAUACCUCGUGGCAGGCAGCGCGCAGGAACAGGCGGAGGCAGUGGCGGCAGCAUCAGAGCGCCAUGGGUGCCGGGUGGUGAUGGUCGACAGUGUCUCGACACCCGAGGCCGCGGCGUCCGUCGCGCGCGCCGCCGCCUCGGGCGCGUCGGUGAUGGCGACGAUCCCGGCCUCGCGCCGCGAGUUCGUGGCGUCCGAGGCGUUUGCCGGGGUGCGGGGCGUGCUGCUGGGUCCGGCGGCGUCUGGGGCUGUGGUGGCUGCGGUUGAGCUGCUGGAGGGAGGGCGCGUGCACCUGUAUGAGCUCAGCCUUGCAGGCUUGGACAGCCCGAUCGGCAGCCAGCUGCGGGAAAGAGAGACCGGCGGCAGCAGCAACAGCAGGAACGACGGCAGCGGGGAAGGCGGCAGGGACGAAACUGCCGGUGGCAGCAGCGGCGGCAGCGGCGGCAGCGGCGGCGUGUUGGUGCGCUUUCUGUCUUUUGCCGCAGCCCGCAGCAGGGGGGUCCUUGUGACAAGCAGGAGCGCCGCGGCAUCUGCAAUGGACUCGAUAGACAUGUAA